AUGGCUCUGCUGAAGGUUCUGCUGCUGCUGGGGCUGGGUGUUCCCGGGAACUCAGAUGUUUCUCUGCAGAAGAGAAUCAUUGGAGGUCAUAACUGUGCUGACACGGAGCGUCUUUAUCAUGUUCGGCUGGAGGGCACCGCAGGACAUAGCAAGACAAUUUGUGGAGGAUCUCUGAUCCACCCUAAAUGGAUCCUGACUGCAACUCACUGCUGGAAGUCAGAGACAAGGAGGCUUGAAGUAGUAGUUGUAAAAGUUCAUCCACGGACUGGUGAAGAGCAGCAUCACAUAGUCACACACAAUCCUGUGCUGUAUACUGAUGACAGCAGGGUGCAUGGCAUCAUGUUGCUCAAGCUUCAGAAAAGAGUAACAAAUGUCCCACUUGCUCAGCUACCAGACUGCAGUUAUCGUCUUAAAAUUGGUGACAUUGUUCAGCUGGCAGGAGAGGGAGCAAUGACAACCGGCCCCAAUAAUCGACGAUUGACCGAUGGUGAAAUUCCAGCACAUCUUCAGUGUGUCGACAUGAACGUUGUUCAGAUUUCCCAAGUCCAGCCAAAAUAUGGACAUGUAUUCUCCAUUGCAGCACCGAACAAGGAUUCAUGUCGUGGCGAAUCCGGCGGAGCAGCAGUGUACAACAACAUGAUUUAUGGUGUGAUUGUUGAAACUGGACCAAUCCAUGCAUGUCAGAGACCAGUUUACAUAAAUGAUGUGUGUGAAUACAUUGGAUGGAUAAAAACAACAAUCGGGCUUAAAUAAAACAUAAACUAUCAUGAAAUAUAAUUCUCAUCAAAAUUUCAUCUCAGAUAUAACUUUAUUCUUGUAUCUUGACCAGUUUGAUCCACGUUUGUAGAAUUAGAAUAAAUCAAUAGUUUUGUUUUUUCUCAUCUAACCUUGAUCUCCCUAAUGGAUCUUUCUCUGUCUCAGAAAUGA